AUGGAAAAAAGAAAUGAUAGUAAUACAAGUGAUAUAGAGAGUGAUAACGGUGAAGUAGAAGUACAUGAAAUUUAUAAUAAAAGUAAUUUUAUUAAUGGAAGAGGAGCAAGAUUAGUUCGUAUAUUAUCAGAAUUUGUUGGUGUUCAAGAUGCGCUAAGAGAUGAAGGUAUUUUUUUUACGGUGGUCGUUUUUGGAUCUUCUAGAUCUUUAAGUCAAGAAAAAUAUGAUUCGAAAAAAAGAAAAUUAGAAAGAAAAUUAGAAAAGUUUCAAGAGCAAAUAACAAAUAAUAUUGAUAUUGAUGAAGAAGAAUUAAGGGAAUGUGAAAAAUUAAAAAAAGAAUUAGAAAGAUUAGAAAAAUUAAAAUGGACAGGUGAAUAUUAUAAAAAGAUAUAUGAACUUUCUAAAAGAUUAACAAAUUAUUUUAAUACAGAAGAAGGACAAAAAACUGUUCAUAAUAUAUCAUCUCAGUUACCAAAGGUACAUAAUUUUUUACCUAAUGAAAAAGGAGAACAAAAUCCAAAUAAUUUUACUGUUGCUAUUUGUACUGGUGGUGGACCAGGAUUUAUGGAAGCAGCCAAUAAAGGAAGUAAAGAAGCUAAUGGAAGAUCAUUGGGAUUUAUGAUUUCAUUACCUUUUGAAAAGGGAGCUAAUCAAUAUGUUGAUCGAAAUUUAUCUUUUAAAUUUCAUUAUUUUUUUACCAGAAAAUUCUGGUUAAUUUAUUUAUCGUUAGCAUUUAUUGUAUUGCCAGGAGGAUUUGGUACGUUAGAUGAAUUAAUGGAAAUAUUAACUUUAAAACAAUGUAAGAAAUUUAAAAGAAAUGUACCUAUUGUAUUAAUAGGAAAAGAUUUCUGGUCAGACAUUUUGAAUUUUAAAAAAUUAGCUGAAUAUGGUCUUAUAUCUCAGGAUGAUUUAAAUGGUAUAUUUAUAACGGAUUGUAUUGAUGAAGCAUAUAAUCAUGUAAUUACCCAUUUAAAAAAACCUUGUUAUUUGGCUGAUGGUAAAUAA